CCCCCCCCCCCCCUUUCUUCUUCCUCCGCAAGUGCACAAUGGCCUCCUCGCAGGGCCUCCGCAUCGGCUUCGUGCCCGAGCACUUCUCCACGCCGCUCCACUUCGCCCAGGAGCACUAUGGCCUCGACGCGACGCUCAUCCCCUUCCCCUCGGGCACCGGGCACAUGGUCACGGCGCUGCGGGCGGGCGACAUAGACGUCGGCAUCGGCCUGACAGAGGGCUGGAUUGCCGGGCUCGGCAAGGAAGGCGUCCAAGGCGACGACGGGGGGUACCGCCUCGUCGGGACCUACGUCGAGACCCCGCUGUGCUGGGCCAUCUCCACGGGCGCCGACCGCCCGGACAUCACCUCGGUGGACGCCCUCAAGGGCGGCAGGAUUGGCGUCUCGCGCAUCGGGUCCGGCAGCUACGUCAUGGGCUUUGUGCUCGCCGACAAGCAGGGCUGGCUGGCGCAGAAUCAGCAGCAGCAGCCCUUUUCCGAGACGGUGGUGCUCAACACAUUUGACAAGCUGCGCGGGGCGGUCAACGCGGGCGAGGCCGACUUCUUCAUGUGGGAGCACUUUACGUCCAAGAAGUACUACGACGCGGGCGAGAUCCGCCGCGUGGGAGACAUAUAUACGCCCUGGAGCAGCUGGAAGAUUGUCGCCUCGACCAAGCUGGUGCCGCCUCCCGGCCGUGCCGCUGGAUCUGCCGGGUCGGCGGCCGGUGAAGCUGACGCGCGCGUUCGGGACCUUUUCGAGAAGCUCGACGCUGGCGUGCGGCACUUCAACGACAACCCCGAGGAGGCGGUGCGGUACAUCUCGACGAGCCUGGACUACUCCGAAGCGGACGCGCGCGAGUGGCUCAAGACGGUGCGCUUCCCGCAGAGGACCGAGGGCGUUAAGCCCGAGGUCGUGGCCGACUGUGUGUCCAUCCUGCGAAAGGCGGGCGUGCUGGUCGACGGUAAAGGGAUGGAGCCCGAAGCCAUGGUGGCCCAGCUGUAGAGCGAGUGGUGGGAAGAAGGGGGCAGUUAUGAGCCAUCACGUUGCCUCGGAGAAAACAAAAAUAGAAAGGGGCGGUGGUUCAGUGGCCAUGUCCGCGCUUGUGCUGUCGACGGCCUUACCACGGCGCCCCCUGCGUCAACCCCAUGCGCCCCGUGAAGAUGGACGACGCCCGAUGGCGAUGAGCAUCACGUUUCACUUACACCAUAUGCGUUUGUAAUGAAGAUAAGCCAAGCGCGUCAAACAAACACGCCGAAGAAGAAAAAAGGAAGACCCCUCGGGGAUCGCAAAAUGGUCUGGCGACGGUGGUCGCUGAUGGCCUCGUGCUCAUCCGCCUGAUACCACACCGACCGGGCCAUGGCCCCAACGUCGUCAAGCGCCGCAGCGCGUAGGUGGUGCAACGCGGCGUUGCUUGUCGCAAGUUGCGACAGUCACUUACUCACUCGGCGCCCGCUCGUUCUGGACCCUGUGGCUCACCUGACCGGAACUAUUUUUUCCGCUUCAACAUAACGACACAGCCAAGUCGACAGGAUCACCCCAUGGUCAUGAUCUGUUUCCGCUUACGAUACUCGUUGCGUAAGAGGGGACACGCUGCUGAUGGCGGACAUUUGUUUGCCGCCCUUCAUCGACUUCCGUCAAGUCGCUUCGUCACCCCUUGCCAGUCAUUUGAGCAGAAUUUGGCCGUGCUGCGAGCGCCACGUCAUAUUUUGAUGGUGGAAUGGGUAGUCAUGUCGAGACCAUUCAGGGGGGGGGGCAGACGGACCCGUCUGCGCCAGUUCGUUGUGGAUAUGGAUGUAUAAGAAGAAGAAGCUGUCCUCACCAAACCGGUUGCCAUUCGUUGCAUUAUCAGACU